GCGCGUGGCUGUGCCGGAUGGUUGGACUUUAUCAGUGGACUGCGUGGGCCCGAUAAAGAACGGCCUCUCAGAGUUCGGUCCUCAGGUCAAGUAUGCGCUGAUUGGUGUUUUGGUGGUUCCAGACAUUGUUGGGAAUCUGAAGGCUUUCUUCCAGGAUGAAGGGGAGGCGCCCGAGGUUCCAUUGGACGAUGAUGCCUUUGCCGUGGAGGGCGGAGAAGGUGACGAUGAAGCAGGGGAUGAGGAGGAUGAAGCAGCUGGGGACGAGACGGCGAAGUGGGAGGAGAUUGUUAACAAGGAGAAGGUGGAAGGCAGCAAGGUUCUUGAGUUGCCCUUCAUGGUCCCUCUUCCGUCCAAGGCUGCCCCGGUGGUGCUCGAUGGCGUCACCGAGAUCCUCACCAAGAUCAAGGCCAUGGGGCUUUGUGUCCGGAGGGUACACUCCGAUCGUGGGCGUGAGUUCGUGAACAUGGCGAUGAAGCGAUACUGCUCCCACGGAGGUCUGAUCCGAACGACUACCAGUGCGGACGACUUCAAGAUGAAUGGCAGAUGCGAGGCAAUGGUUGGCAGGUUGAAGUCGGCAACCAGAACUAUGCUGGCGGCGGCUGGCCUUGGCUCGGAUCACUGGUCUUUCGCGAUGAGGCACGUGGUGGAGAAGGUCAUCCCAGCAACUAUGCUUUGUCCGUCCGGGGACGUGUCUCGAGGUUUCUUGGUCAAGACGGGCGAGAACACCUAUCUUACCACGACCGUGGCUGUGGAGCACGUGGAGGAGGUUAGCGGCAACUUCGCCGUUUCGCCGGAGCAUGCUACAGAGGGGGAGUCACCCAAGCCAGUUCCCCGGUACCGAGUGACUGGGAAGCAGCGAGUGGCAGCUCUCGAGACGGACGUGGCCAUCAAGGAGGACGAGGAGUUGGCGCAAAAGUUCCUGGCCCAAGGCGACUUCGGAGUUCAGGCCCUUGAGGAUUUUGUGUGCCAGCUGCGACUUCGAGAUCAGCUUCGACCCGCUCGACCUACGACCCGGAUGUUCUCCGAAACCUCGUCCGUACAUGUGUUUGGGAUGUUCAGGCAUGGGGGAGUGGUUGGCGUGACCAACCAGAUGAAGAGCCGGCCCAAGUUGGUUAAGUUUGUGACCUUGGUCCUGAAGAAGGUGCUACCACCCUCAUCCUCAUAUACCACAUUCAGUCUCAACUUCAACACCCCCUUGGCCGUGCAUACCGACUCCACCAACGAUUUUCAGUACCCAAACUACGUUGUUGGCGUAGGAGAUUAUGUUGGAGGUGAUGUUUGGGUAGCCUUGAAGCCGGGUGAGUCGGCCAAGCAUCCAGAUACCGAGUCACAUUGGCGGCCUAUACCGUCGCACGACAUAGUCAUGCGUCGAUGCAAGACCAACGGCUUCUUCGAGAUUCAGUUCUACAUCGGGGACUUUGCGGAAGGGAUGGACGAGAGCUUCGAGCAGGAUAGGGAUGGAGAGAGCAACCGAGAUAGCUCUGAUGGAAAUUGUCUUCGAGCACUUCGAUCCCUUGGUCCCGGGGGAGACCAAGAUGGCCCAGAAGGCAAUGGACUGCGGGAGCCGGAAUGGACCUUGGAGAACGAUGGUCUUUCUGGCUAUCAGGUGGGCUCCGAGGUCGCCAUCCUGCAAGAAGUUGGUGCGACACCGAGUGCUGACCUUCAAGGGAGCGGCCUGGUAGAGUGGCGCAUGGUUGCUGCUGACGAGCCGCUAAGGGUUUGUGAUCAAGCUGCAGUGGAGGGCCUCGAAAGUCUGCGGGUUUAUCUGCUGGCCAUGGACAACGAGGAGAGAGCGGCGUUGGCCUUGGAGGUGGAUGCCGGAGAGGACUAUGGCACAGCUAGACGGCUACGACGACUCAACCUGCAGAUGAAGCAGCUUGAAGAGGCCCUGGAGUCGGUGGAGGUGAUCCGAANNAUCCGUAAAGUGGAUGCGGCGGAGGAUGUCGAGGAUGUGCCCCUUCACACCAAGACGUGCCGUUGGACGUGGUUCGAGCGGAGCUGGCCAAAGUACCAGAGCCUGACCAUUGACAAUCUGGCGGUGCGGCCUUUCACUCAGGAGGAGCUUGAUGCUUGGGACAGGGAGGGCCGGGAAUAUGACUUGGUCCCCGGCAAGACGGUCCAUAGUCGGAAAGCGUUCACGGGUCGUCUCAAGACGAGAGCAGUGGUUUGCGGGAACUAUAUCUCGGACUCCUACUCCAAGGCAGAGAAGUUCGCUGCUGGGGCUGACGGCGUGCUAGUGCGCUGCUGUCUGCGGGUGUGCGCCCGACGAGCCUGGGAUCUCGGAGCCCUGGAUAUCACCACGGCUUUCUUGUUGGCUCCACUCCUGUACCGAGAGAGCCGCCCCACCAUAGUGAAGGUGCCAAAGGUGUUCCUGGACGCCUCUAUCUGCAGUGAGAAAUACUGGCGGGUAGACCGCGCGAUGUAUGGCCUGCGGACCUCUCCGAAAUCCUGGAGCGCUUACAGGGACACUACAAUGCGGUCCAUGCGGGGCAAGUUCAAAGGCAGGAUAGUUUGUUUUCGGCAAAGCUCUGCCGAUGAGUCCCUGUGGUACAUCUUGUUGCUGGCCCCGGAGACCAACGGCGAGGAAGGCGGGAAUGAAAGCGACCUCGCUGAGGGCAUCAUUAUUGUGUACGUAGAUGACCUCCUCAUAGCAGCGAUUGCCGCCUUAGCCCGCACAGUCAGCCAAAUGUUUCGGGAGCAGUGGAAGUGCUCCUCACCAGAGUGGGUGUCCGAGGCCGGAGAGGUGAAGUUCAACGGAUUUGAGAUCCGAGCUUUGGAAGGUGGUCUCGAGUUGCACCAGAACAGCUAUGUCAAGGAUCUGCUGGAACGUCGGCAAAUUUACCUGGACGGUGCCAUUAUCGCAUGGAGCAGUAGCCGUCAAGCGUUUGUGACAAUGUCGACGGCGGAAUCGGAGCUUGUCAGCAUUUGCGAGGGGGUAGUCGCUCUCAAGUCGUUGGAGGGACUUGUGGCCGAGCUCUUCUUCGGAAAGGUCUCUGACUACCAGGCGGUGAAGAAGGUUGUGUACACGGAUUCCCAGGCCGCACUUGCGGCCUGCCAGACUUCGGCAGGUAGUUGGCGGACGCGCCACUUGCGGAUCCGAGGAAACAUGUUGCGGGAGCUCCUGGACUGUGCUGGAUGGAUGGCCUUCCAUAUGGAAGGGAACGUGAUGCUGGCCGACAUCGGCACCAAGGGGCUCUCCGCUGAUCGCUUUUGGUUCCUGAUGCAGUUGAUGGGGCUGGAUCGUCCGGUGGCUUCGAGGGCUACGAGUGCUUCGUCGUCGCCCUCCUUGCCGGCCUCUCAGGACCAGGUCAAGAAAAUGCUGGCCAUGAUGAUGAUCAUUGCCCUUCUUCCGGAGACAGCUGCGUCCAGGGACUUGGUGGUGGCAGCCAGCCAACCUAGUACGACGGCGGCGGCGCCAGUGAACUACUUGCUCCUGACCUUCAUCAUUGCGGCGACCAUCAUCGUUUGGGAGAUCAUCAAGGGCAUGAAGGAAUG